UGAAAUUCCCUUUGAUAUCCUUUUAGCAGCGAGAGAAGCUGCUUGGCUAGAAAAAGAGGAGAGAGCGAGGCAACAUUAUGAAAAACAUCUGGAGGAACGUAAAAAGAAAUUAGAAGAGCAGAGGCUAAAGGAAGAAAGAAGGCGAGCUGCAGUAGAAGAAAAACGGAAGCAGCGAAUAGAGGAGGACAAGGAGAGACAUGAAGCUGUUGUACGCCGCACAAUUGAGAGGAGCCAGAAACCAAAAGAAAAGCUGAACAGAUGGUCCUGGGGAAGUACGCUUCAUCGUAGCAGCAGCGUUAAUAAUGCAGAUCCAGACAGGCGAUCUGUUUCAACAAUGAACCUUUCGAAACAUGUUGAUCCAGUCAUUAACAAGCGGCUCUCCUCCUCAUCUGCAACAUUACUAAAUUCUCCAGACAGAGCUCGACGUAUGCAGCUAAGUCCAUGGGAAAGCAACAUGGUUAGCAGGCUUCUGACCCCAACUCAUUCAUUCUUGGCUAGGAGUAAAAGUGCAGCAACUUUAUCUGGAGAUGCAGCAUCUUGCAGCCCAAUCAGCCCUCUCUCCUUCAAGGCCGUAAGUUGCCAAAGUCCAGCAGACCGAGCAAAACUGUUUGGCACAGCCCCUGAGGUUAGACGGCGAAGGACCACACAUUCAGCCGGGAGUAGCAGAAAAGGAAAGGAAAGAGGACUCUCAUCAACUAAUCCUUCAUCUGGUAAAAGAAGAACCCGUUCACCAUCUGCCUUCAGAAAUAAACCAGCUGCUUGGCAUGCCUCCAGAUCGAUGCCUGCUCUGCCAGGAACACCCAGAAAGAUCAUUUUGCUCUCCGGAUCUUCCAAAACACCUUCCAUUCAAACUCGCCCUCCUUCCCCUGGCAACAUUCGUCCACCAAAACAUGGGAAAAAGGGAACUCUGCAGGAAUCUGAGAAGAUAACCGAACAAAAGUCAGACCUUAAAAAAACAGCUUCAAAUCCCAGAGUAGCUACAAGUGAAGAGUCUUGUAAACUAGAGUCUACUCAAAGUCCUGUUCCGGUUAUGCCCUCUGUUCCUUCAGCAGCUUCACCAUCUCCCAUCUGCAGCAAAUCUUCAGCAGGAACAACAGAUCCAGAGGAAGCAACCCGGUUGCUUAGUGAAAAAAGGCGACUCGCCCGGGAGCAACGAGAACGGGAGGAGCAGCAAAGAAGGGAGCAGGAAGAGAUCGAAAGACAAAAGAAGGAGGCCUUGGCUCAGAAGAUAGCUGAGGAAAGAACACGCCGAGAGGAGGAAGCUCAGAAGCAUGAGGCAGAAAGGAAGCAAAAAGAAGCAGAACAGGAACAGGAGAAAGACGAAGAGCUACGCCGCUUGGCUGAAGAAAAGGAAGAGAAAGAAAGGAGGGAAAUGGAACUCCUUCAGAAACAGAAGGAAGAGGAAACUCGGUUACGAGAAGUACAGAUUCGACUGGAGCGUGAAAAACAUUUCCAAAAAGAAGAACAGGAGCGCUUCGAAAGAAAGAAGCGUCUUGAGGAAAUUAUGAAAAGAACCAGGCGAUCAGAACCUGUGGAAAAGAAAUCAGAUGAGCAGCAGAAUGGACUGAUAGCAAAAGAAAUAGAGAGCGGUCCUACACCUCCGUUAAGCCCUGUAAUGGGUUCUCAGGUUCAGUGUAUGGCAGAAACUCCACGCAAUGGGGAAAUGGUACUUCAUACACCUGUGCUCAUUUCUCACCAGCCUAGAGUAAACUUAGACAGUAAUCUCAACCCACAAAAACAUUCAAAUGAAAAUGGAGUAUCUACGCAGGAUGAAAACUUUGAAGAGCUCAUCAGUUUACCCAUGGGAAUAAAACCUCCCAGAUUGGAUGUCAUGAGUCCUGAAGAGAAAGAUAGCUCUGAUAUUCCUUUGACUCCCAUCUUGGCCUUUGAAGAGAAUGGGGCAUAAGGGUCAUUGCCUCAGGUAGACAAUGUUCAAACACCUCAGACAGCAGAAGUUGUCUGAGAUCUCCUUACAAAUUAUUAUCAAAGGUGAAGAAAAAGCCUUCUGAAGCCAAUGGGAUUCCUUUUCCAUGCCAUGAAGGAGUGUUAUAUUUUUGGUCACUCUGGAAUUUUCUAAAGAUUUCUUGCUUUCUUUCUUUUUUCUUUUUCUAAAGAAAACAGGUAGUAAAACCAGCAGAAUAUAUUGGAAAUAGAUUUGGAUUGCCUUUCUAUCACAAGAACUCACUACUAGGGGAGAAUUGUGUCUUCUAUUUCAAAAACUGCUUCAUGUAGCAUAAUUGAUAUUUUCACCAAUUCUUGAAGAAAAGGGUAACUAGAUUAACAAUAACAGGAUGAUUGAGAUAAUGGGCCUGUUGGUUUUGACUUGAUUUGAAGAUGGGUAGUUUUAAAAGGCACACUGUAAAAUCA